ACCGGAGAGAGUUUCCAGGCUGAGGGGGAGAGGGCGUGGCCAAGGCGGUGACGUCACUGUGUUUAUGUCAAACAAGCAGCAGGCAGACAGCAGAAGCAGCCUCUGAAGACCUUCAGACCGUGGACCAGGAACGCUUUCAAACUCUAGCAUCUUGAAAAAGGUGUUUCAGUGUGCCGUCGUGUCACCCUGCCCGGGUGCCAUGUUCCUCUGUUCCACAUGAGCUCUACUAUGUGGUACAUCAUGCAAAGCAUUCAGAGUAAAUACUCUUUGUCUGAGCGGCUCAUCCGCACCAUCGCAGCCAUCCGCUCCUUCCCACACGACAACGUGGAGGAUCUGAUUCGUAAGGGAGCUGAUGUGAACCGGAUGCAUGGCACCCUGAAGCCCCUGCACUGCGCCUGUAUGGUAGCUGAUGCAGACUGCGUGGAGCUGCUGUUGGAGAAGGGCGCAGAGGUGAAUGCUUUGGAUGGCUACAACCGCACAGCACUGCACUAUGCAGCAGAGAAGGACGAGAGCUGUGUGGAGCUGCUGCUGGAGUACGGGGCCCAGCCAAACGCCCUGGAUGGUAACAAGGACACUCCGCUGCACUGGGCUGCCUUCAAAGAUAACCCAGAGUGUGUGAGGGCCCUUCUGGAAAGCGGAGCCUGUCCCAAUGCCCGGGACUACAACAACGACACCCCUUUGAGCUGGGCGGCGAUGAAGGGCAACCUGGAGAGUGUCAAAGUGCUACUAGACUACGGGGCCCAAGUCCAUGUGACCAACCUGAAGGGCCAGACUCCGAUCUCUCGACUUGUGGCCCUGUUGGCCCGCGGCUUGGGCACCGAGCAGGAGGACGAGUGCCUGGACCUGCUGUGCCGGGCAGCCGGGCGGUUUGAGAUCCGGCGGGCUGACGGCACCCUUCCCAGGGAGCUGAGUAAGGAUCCCCAACUACUGGCGAGGCUGACCAGCAUGGUGGCUCAGGCGCCCACGCUUCGAUCUCUGGCGCGCUGUGCUGUCCGGCAGAGUCUGGGCGUGCAGUUCCUCCCCACUGCAGUAAAAGAGCUCCCUUUACCAGAGUCUAUCAAAGACUAUUUACUUUUGAGAGACAGGGAUUAGAACCAGAGGGGACCUCAUAGUUACUCCUGGCUGAUUAUUAGACAGCUCAUUACACUGCAUUUUAUUGGCAAGAAAGUCUCACUCCAUUGAGUUAGAUGAUAUUGCUCAGACAAUGUUUGAUGGUGCAGGCUGUCUAGUAAUUCUGUCAGGGGUUGCAGCUCCUUAAGUGAUGCUUAUGAAUGGAUGCAAUAUGGUGUGUAUGGAUGCUUGAGUGUGCAAUUAUGAGUGAUCACCUUUUUCACAAGGAUUUCCCUCUGAGUCCACAAUGCAGGGUCAUUUUUGCAUUUUCAAGGAAAAAAUGCAGUUCCAACAUAAUGUAUUGUGCCAGAUGGGAACUGUUUUGUUACGUACAGACAACAAAAAAACAACACGUUAUCUUUGGUGUCAAAAAAUGUAGACAAACAUGCCAGGUAGGCUUAUCUGUCUUCUCCAAAAUUACAGCACGCUGAUAAAACAACAUGCACUUCCUGAGCUCCAUGUCAAUAUGCCUGCUGUCAUAUGUGAUUUGGUAUUUGUUUGGGCUUUGUUUUAAUGAAAAGAAAACAGCUUGUUUCUAUGUCAAAGUACUUACAAUUUUUAUUUUUUUUCGAGAAGCAUUAAAUUGAAAUAUUUUAAGGGUGUUCACUGGUCCAAAACUUUGCAACCUAUGUUUGAAAACUACUUCAUUUUAUACUAAAUGUUUAAAUGGUAGCAGCUGUGGCAUGAUCACUACGUUUUUGUUUUUGUUUUUGUCUUUUUUUUUUUUUUUUAAAUAAACUAAAUAAGCAUCUGGAAAUGUACCUAAAUUUGUUAUGGGAUUUGUCUAAAUCUGACCAUUUUCUUGUGCUUGAUUUUGUUUGUUCUGCAGAAGUGUAAAUAUAAUGUAAAUAUAACCAUAUUACAUUGUUUCCCAGUGGCACCAAUUUUGUGUACAACCAUCAAGUGCUUUUUUCGUUGUCAAAAGAAUGAAAGUAAAUGACUUCAUGUUCAUUU